UGCAUUAUUUUGCCAACAGUAUAUCCUCCUGCAAGACAUCAAGUCACAAAAAUUUGGUAGGACUACUUGUAACUUACUUUUACUCGUGACAUUGUAGCAUAGAGUGUCACGUGUCAAAGAUUGUUAUUCCAACGCAGUUAAAAUAAUUAACGUAUCAGCAGGGCAAAAAAAAUAUGUUUGAAGGAAGAUCAAUAUUAAAAAAUAGGCUACAUAGGCGACAGAAGACAAUAAUGACGUGGGAAUUAUACAGCAGAGAAACUUUACGGAUCCAUUUGCUGCUGAGGUUUCUGCUCUAUUUUCACCUGGCGACCGUGGUUGGAGCCAAUGGAGACGUGGCCCAUCCUCACACCCGCCUGACUGUCAACUCCCCCCACCUUUCCUACAUGUGCGAGGUGGGUGCCAACGUCACCCUGCUCUGUGCCCAGAGAGGUGCCAAGCUGCACCCCUCGGACCACCUGCAUCAAAGCUGGCUUUUCACCCCCCACUCAGCUGAGCAUUGCCAUGACAAGGUGCACCCCCGCGACCACAAUCACCGGGGCAACCAUUCCAGUGCGGCGCUUCCUUGGGGGGUAAAGUACGGGGCAAGCGAAGAGUCUUUCUGGGUGCAACUACAGCUUGUCAACAAUUCUGACCAAGGGCGUUACUGCUGCCUCUCCUUGGAUAUUAACAAUGGCAAGGUGGUGCAGAGGACGCAUAGCCACGUCUUUCUCACUAUCACACCUCGGAAAAGAGACGAUGCGAAAUGCACUCUAUUGGACAUCAAGCCAGCAGAAGGGUCAGUGACUGCAGGCCUGGCCACAGCUGCUUGCAUCAUGGCUAUUCUCUCUUUGCCCAUCAUCCUGGUGUUAGUGUACAAGCAAAGACAAUCUGCCCAGUCCAGCCAACGUGCACACGAGCUGGUGAGAAUGGACAGUGAGGCUGCGGGCCAUGUGAACCCAGUAUUUCUGGGGGUCUCACCCCCGGGCCAGGCUAGGACCAGGACUGUGUCUCAAAUCAUGACCAGGCAGUCCUCAGAGACAGGCCGACACCUGCUUCUGUCCGACCCUGGCACCCCCCUAUCUCCUCCCGCACACGGAGUUGUCUUCUUCCCAGAACAGGAUCCCAUCCUAGAGUCUCCUGAUUUCCUGCAAGUGUAGGGAGAAGCAGUCAAUGGCUCCCUAACCCAGAAACAUCUUGUGGUUAGUUAUUCAUCGUCACUCUGCCAUGUCACCCUGAAGCCUGUCUCACAACCUCCCCUGUGGGAGAGCUCUCUCUCUGUGUACCGCAUCCUGGAUGGAUGGGAGAGGGAAGGAGGGGACAGUUUCUUCUAAAAUAAAUGUUCCACCUGCAACAACAACUGGAGGAGGCCAAAGAGGGGGGGGGGUUUGUUCUCGACACUUGUGUUGCAGUGGGGGCCCGCUAUGUAUGUGACGCACCGUCUGACCACUGACGACAGCUCAAGGACCAGCAGGUGCUCCUGAUCUGAUGUCCCAGGACUGUACUGAGGAGGAUGGGGGGAGUGUGGGUGCAGGGUGGGCUGUAGAGGAUACAAAGCAACUCCCGUGGACUCUUGAUGACAUGCUCCUCACCAUUUCCCUCACCAUUUUCCACAAAGAGAUUUCCCCCAUAUAGGGCCCAUUCCCCGGACACAGAUUAAGCAUCAAUCUAGACAGAAAACAGUGUAAACUUUGGUUUAGACAUUUGUUUUCCACCAACCUAUUUUCCAGUGGCAAUUGACGAGACUGACUAGACAGACCUAGAAAAAACGAACUGAACGAAAGUGAUUUUUCAUUUCAGUUGACUAAAAUGAGACAUGACAACAUCUAUCUAUCUCUGUGAUUCAAAUCUGACUCUUUAGUGGACAGGACAAUAGUUUUUGAACAAAUCUAGCACUUUUCAGUGAUAAGCAUAAUUAAUAUUAGCAGGACAGAUGUAGUUAUUUUCAGCAGUAGGAAGGAUGCACCACACCCGGCACACACAGCCUCCAUCAGCUGGUGAGCUGGGGGGGAGCAAGCGAUGAGUGUGGACAGGCAUUGCGCAGGCAACUCUUCUUAAUUUCCCGACAUUGCGCAGGCAACUCUUCUUAAUUUCCCGUGGCUAACCAGUCACCACUAGCAUUCUAGUCAGCUACCCUUUGCCUGGUUAAGAAACACAAGCUGCUUUACAAAAUGUAAAACAAUAGCAGCAUUGAGUUUAAUAGUACAACUACAGUCUAGCUAUGUUCUUCUCUUCCUUGAGUAGAGAAAAGUAGGCUGUUUUUUGAAUUUGUAGUCUUCGUGCAACCCUCCCACCUUCCCCACUUGCCUUUCAUAGGCAGGUUCUGUAGCCAAGUCUCCCUCUUUUCCUCAGAGAAAACACUUGAUGCUAGGCCUUACUGUUCAAAAGAUAUGACUCGGCUCUAUGUUGUUUCUUUUUAUUGUGCAUUGGCGGGCUGCAUUUUAUAUUCAUAAAGAAUAUUGUGGGCCGUGCUAAAAGUAGGCUACUUGCAGACCAGACCGUUAACCAUUCGUUUAGACUACACCUUGUUCAGUCAUGUUACCUCAAUAGCCAGCUAUAGCUAACAAACUGGGGCCCGUUCAGCAGUAUGCAACUUUUUGGAAUGUUCACAUAGAAAUAUGCUAUGUAGAACAAACAUACAUUUUGCUACUGAACGUGGCUCUGGUAUUACCAGUAGCCCACUGUAUAUGCAAACAUUUGGUGGCACAGAAAGAAAGGAAGAAAGGGAUUGCAAAAAAUGUAUUGACUAAAUUCUUCUUGCCACUACACCUAUAUCUGACUCGGUAAAUAGAGUUAAUGUGCACCCAGUGACUCGAGCACUGGGACUUUGGUGUGUGUGUGUGUGUGUGUGUGUGUGUGUGUGUGUGUGUGUGUGUGUGUGUGUGUGUGUGUGUGUGUGUGUGUGUGUGUGUGUGUGUGUGUGUGUGUGUGUGUGUGUGUGUGUGUGUGUGUGUGUGUGUGUGUGUGUGUGUGUGUGUGUGUGUGUGUGUGUGAUAUCUAUGCAAUAUACAUUAUGUGAAUAAAAUGAAAGAGCAUUUAGUUGACUAAAAUGGCCCAUUGUUUUCUUCAUUUUGACAAUAACUAGAUUAAAUCAUUAUUAAACAUUUUUUUUACUAACACGUAAUAUUUUUGUCAAAAUUAAUAAGACUAGACUAAAUCUAAAAAAAGAGGGACACAAUUAAAUGGAGAUUCUCCAUUGAAUGUGCUUAUUAGUCCAACACCAUUAGCUUUAUCUGUGUCCUGGUAACUGGCCCAUAGUGUUCUACUUCUUUCUAUGAUGUUUCCCUCUUCCUAUGGCUCUGAUAUGCAUAUUCAGCACAUUUGCUUGUGCCAAAGUGAUCAGGGUAGUAAGACGUACCCAUGUGCUGACAGUAGUCUUUUAAGGCCAUUUCCAAACAGCCUUAAACAAUUGUUUCUAAAAAUGUGUUUAUCUGAGCUGUUAUAACGAGACCAAAGCCCCACUUUUAUUUAUCUAAACGUCCCAUUCUUGUGUUGUUCCUCUUUCCCCUUUUAUAUAUUUCACUACCUAAAAUACUGUGUUUCUGUAACCCCCCUCCAUCCCUUCCCUUUCCUCGCUCUUAUUCCUUCCCACACCCUUCUCUGCACGUAACAAUGUCCAAAUAUUCAACCAGUACUAGAAACUGUCAAAUAAAUAUUAGAGAUAUAUUGCUAUGCUGGAUGGUCUGUUUUUGAAGAGAAGUGUCAAUUUUGGCUAGUGGAUGGAUCUAGUAACCCAAACUCAAUGAGCCAAAUGCCUUCACUGCCAAGAUGACCAACGUGUUUAUUCCAUGGUGUUCUUGUGUUUACUGUUUUGUGAUAUCCUUUGGCAUAUUUUGUGCUUAUACUUGAUUAUUUGUUAUCUUUAUGUUUAUCUAUCUGUAUGUAUACAUAAGUGAAUUGAACAGUUGUUGACCAAAGCACAAUCAGACAGAGAAGGACAGUGAAAGCAUGUGUGAAGUCGACUAAACUAUCAUUUCAGACAUGAUGUUUAGAUUGUGUCUACGGUAGUGAUAGGUGGCUAUCGAAUACUACUGUAGAUAUUAGAUAAGGGGUGUUCAGUGAAUUGUAAAAAAACCCACCCUGAAAUUAGUUGUGUGUGUGUGUGUGUGUGUGUGUGUGUGUGUGUGUGUGUGUGUGUGUGUGUGUGUGUGUGUGUGUGUGUGUGUGUGUGUGUGUGUGUGUGUGUGUGUGUGUGUGUGUGUGUGUGUGUGUGUGUGUGUGUGUGUGUGUGUGUGUGUGUGUGUGUGUAAUAGCCAAACAGCUGCAGCUUUGGCAACACCAUAUGAAAUAAAGCCUUUCCCAAAAAUAAUGAAAUAAAAUGCUGAUGUAAUUUUUUUCUAUAAUAAAUCGGCGCUCUUAAACCUU